AUGCAGAAAGAAGUCAGGCAGCCUCAGAGGUGGUUCAACACGGCUGACAUCACAGUGUCUCACCAAAGCAACCUGCUGAAGCAGCUCAACCACCAGCGUCGCCAGGAGCUCUUCUGCGACUGCAGCGUGCUGGUGGAGGGCCAGCUCUUCAGGGCCCACCGCAACGUCUUGUUCGCCAGCAGCGGCUACUUCCGCAUGCUGCUGUCCCAGGGGCCCGACGGGCUGCCCGACUCCGUCAGCGCCACCUUCGACGUCUUCAGCCCAGAGACCUUCACCGUCAUCCUGGAUUUCAUCUACUCCGGCCAGCUGGAUCUCUCCAGUCACAACGUGAUCGAGGUCAUGUCGGCGGCCAGCUACUUGCAGAUGAACAAUGUCAUCAACUACUGCAAAAACUUCAUCAAAUCCUCCCUGGACAUCAGCGUGAAAGAUGAAGAGAGCGAGCGCUGCCUCAGCUUGUCUGAGACUUGCAGCUUCACCAGUGGAGCAGGAGAAGACGCUUCGGAGCAGCAGCAGCAGGGCCCCUGUUCUGUCAGCCCGCCGCCCGCACUCUGGACCAGGGACAACUCCAGAUCUCAGUCUAGCUUUAUGGGGAAAGACCCAGACCAGGAUGCCUCUGCCUCAGCCCUGAAGACUAAUCCAAGCAGCCCUGCUAAUGAGCUCAGUGCAGAGGCCGAAGACCUGCACGACCCUCAGGACCCUCUGUACACCCUGCCUGGAUCAGAGCGCCGGCGGGGAAAGGGGGGGACCAAGAGAAGAGCACCCAACAGCAGUCGCUCCAACCAGCACGAUGACUUGGACAUCCAGGAGGCGAGGACACAAAAGGCUGAAAAGGCGGAGGAGCUGUACGCCACCCUACCGCCGAUUGUGGGUGUCAUCGGGCACUUUAAUAAAGAUUCCAACCCCAUCAUGCGCUUCAAAUGUCCGUUUUGUACGCACACGGUGAAGAGGAAGGCCGACCUGAAGCGUCACCUGCGCUGUCACACUGGAGAGAGGCCGUACCCGUGUCAGGCCUGCAAUAAGCGCUUUACUCGCCUGGAGCAUCUCCGCAGCCAUUUUGAGACGAUCCAUCAAGCCAGGAAGCUGGUGUGCAGGAAGUGCAAGUGUCAGGUGACGGAGGAGACGGGUCAUGUGGUGUGCGAGGGAACGCGACGCUACCGCAUGUGCACCGCCUGCAUCCAGGAGGUGGGCUGCGACGACAUCCCCAUAGACGGCAUGGAGGGGCCCAACGAGGAGCCGGCGCUGCUGCUGGGCGUGGACGGCGAGGAGGAGGGCGACACCAAGAGGAGCUGGAUGGUGACCGAUGACGACGACCUGGCUGAGGACUCGGGGGCCGACCUCAUCAUCCAGCAGGUGGACGACAGCGACGAGGAGCUGCAGUGAGGAGGGACCAAAGUGUGUGCGUGCAGAUGCAUGCCUAAAUAUUGACUGUGUGUGUGCGUGUGUGUGUGUGUGUUAAAGCCAUGGAAGAGAGUUUAUGCAUAAAAUAUGGGAUCCACUGAUGUACAUAUACACAUUUAUGAUAUAUUAGUUGUCUAUUAGUUAAAUGCAACUGGUUAGCCUUUUACGUUUUAUGAGAUUGUCGACCUUUGUGGCAAAAAUGAAAAGCUUUUCGUUUAUGAAGAUAUGCAGUAUCCAAAGCAUGCAUACUCAGUGUUUCCUUUGCUUCGAUUAUAGUUAUAUGAUAACCCAUAAGUGUUUUUAAUGUGCAUGAAGGAACACCACUUGUUUGCUACUUUUUGGGAUUUUCUGAUGCCGAUUAGGCAAAACACGGUGACGAGGACAGACUGAUGGCUCUGCUAGACCCUUUAUGGAAAUUCAGGAGCUGACUUUUGUUUUCAAUGUUUCACAGUUGCUGUGCUGGUAAUGUUUGGUUAUGAUAUGCACUAUGACAUAAACACAAAAUAUAAUUUAUUCAGGGUUUUUUGUUCUGUUUUGGGUUUUUUUUUACUUUUUUGACACAUUA